CUGCGCGCUGCGGUGCACUGUGGGAUGGGAGCCCGGCUCAUCGCCGCGGCCGCGGGGACCCGGCGGGCGGAGGGGUGCGGGCGGGCAGCCGCGCGGCGGCGCCGCCAUGAACGCGGCGGUGGUGCGGCGGACGCAGGAGGCGCUGGGCAAGGUGAUCCGCAGGCCGCCGCUGACGGAGAAGCUGCUGAGCAAGCCCCCGUUCCGCUACCUGCACGACAUCGUCACGGAGGUGAUCAGGACGACGGGUUUCAUGAAGGGCCUCUACACUGACAUGGAGAUGAAGUCAGACAAUGUCAAGGAUAAAGAUGCAAAAAUCGGCUUCCUACAGAAGGCCAUAGAUGUGGUCACGAUGGUUUCUGGAGAGCCCUUGUUGGCAAAACCCGCCCGGAUCGUGGCCGGGCACGAACCUGAGAGAACAAACGAGCUGCUUCAGAUAAUCGCCAAGUGCUGCAUCAACAAGCUCUCCAGUGAGGACGCAGUGAAGAGGGUUCUAGCUGGAGAGAAGGUGGAUGCGAGAGGAAGGUCCUCCCGGACCUCGAGGUCUCAUGAGUCGGACAAUAAGAAUGUGAAGGAAGAAGAUUCCAGAGCUCACAAAGAUAGAGAGGAUAGAAGAGAUUCUGAAGUAAGAGAGAGAAGUACAAGUCAAGAUCAAAAACAGAAGGAAGAAGUGAAAGAGGAAAGCAAAUCAAGAGACAAGGAGCGGGACAAGGAAAAGAUGAAGGAGAAUGACCGAGACCGGCACAAGGAGGCUGAGAGGGACAAGUACCGGGAGGGCGAGAAGGAGAGGAGCAGGAACAGGGCCCGGCCAGAACGGGAGAGGGACCGCGACCGAGGCAACAAGGACCGAGAGGCGGAGCGGGAGCGGGAGAGGAGGGGCGAGGCGGGGCGAGAGAAGGAGCGGCCCAAAGACCGUGACAAGGGCAAGGACAGGGAGCGGCGGAGAGCGCGAAAUGGGGAGCACUCCAGGGACCCCGACAGGGAGAAGAGCAGAGAGCCAGACAAGCUGGAGAGGAAGUCAGCAAGCUCAGGGGAGAUGUCUAAAAAGUUGUCAGAUGGAUCCUUUAAAGACUCCAAGGCGGAAACAGAGGCUGAGAUUUCCACGGCAGCGUCCAGGUCCUUGACAUCGAAAACAUCAAAACGACGAUCCAAAAAUUCAGUGGAAGGAAGAAGGGACUCUAGAACCAGUGAACACAGUCUUUCCCCUGAGAAAGAACCUAACUCUUCCUACAAUAAAGCUAAGAAGGAGCAUGCUGGGAAACAGCUUGGAAGGAAGGAGGAUAAUAUUUCAGGUAAAAGUUUAGACCCCAUAACGUCUGGAUUAAAUGAUGAACCAGAUCAGGAAACGACAGCUUCAGAAAUAGAUGAUAACUCCACUAGUCUGUGGCGUGAGAACAUUGAGCCAGACCCAGCAGUAAAGCAGAAAGGUGACUCCAUCAGUGAUGCAGAAGGAGAAGCUGGACCUACUCAAGAUAAAUCUGAGGUGUCUGAGAAUCCCGAAGCCCCCGGCGAGCUGCCCUCCAGCGCCAGAAGAAUACCUCGGCCCGGCAGUGCAAGACCUGCGCCUCCCCGGGUCAAACGGCAAGAGAGCGCCGAGACCCUGAUGGCAGAUAGGACAGGGAGUGGUAAAACCGUCUCAAAUGUGAUUAUAGAUUCACAGAAUUCAGACAACGAAGAGGAUGACCAGUUUGUGGUGGAGGCUGCCCCUCAGAUCUCUGAAAUGUCAGAAAUUGAAAUGGUGCCAGCGAUGGAGCUGGAGAACAGUGAGAAGCAUGGUGGACUUGUGAAAAAAAUUUUGGAGACUAAGAAAGAUUAUGAGAAGUUGCAGCAGUCACCCAAACCUGGAGAGAAGGAGAAAUCCUUUGUCUUUGAGUCAUCAUGGAAGAAGGAGAAGGAUAUUGUUUCCAAGGAGAUUGAGAAGCUCCGAGUGUCCAUUCAGACCUUGUGUAAGAGUGCACUUCCUCUGGGGAAGAUUAUGGACUACAUCCAGGAAGAUGUGGACGCCAUGCAGAAUGAGCUGCAGCUGUGGCACAUGGAGAACAAGCAGCAUGCAGAGGCCUUGCAGAAGGAGCAGAGUGUCACCGACUGUGCUGUGGAGCCCCUGAAGGUCGAGCUGGCCGAGCUGGAGCAGAUGAUUAAGGACCAGCAAGACAAGAUCUGUGCCGUGAAGGCCAACAUCCUAAAGAAUGAAGAGAAAAUCCAGAAGAUGGUGUACAGUAUCAACUUGACAUCGCGAAGGUGAACGCGGAGAAUUUCAGUGACGAAAAGUCACCUUUGGUGUGAAAAUGGAAAGAAAGCUAGGAAAUCCUUGCCCCCGAGUUGCAGCUGGCUGAGAAGGUGGACUGUGCGCAGCAUCGUCUUCAGCCCGCGCAUCUGAGCCCUGAAAGGCCAGCAUGUUGAGGGUGGGCGGCCAUGUGUCCCUCCUCCCGGCUGGACCCCUUGUUGGUUAUAAAUGCUCUUCAGAACACCUUUGUGAGAGGUUUUUUUGCAAACCUGAUCUCUCUUUCUCUGUAGCUGUCUAGUCCUGUACCAGAAUUCUCAUGCAGGUAAGUGAUGUCGGCACCCAGGAAAUGUCCUUUAUUUUCGUUUUUGAGUCAGGACUUACUGCAUCGGCCCCAAAUGAAGGGUCACCUUGAACUUUCUGAUGGGCACUUUAUACAUAGACUGAGGUCUGAAAAUCAUCAAAUUAUAUUUUAAAUUUCCAGCUGAAAAGGGUGGAUCAGAGCCUGUAUCCUUAGGUACGUGUCGACGACUGGGUUAUUUUUCUUCCUCUUCGUGAUUGCAUAGACUUCUUUAUGAGGUGAUUUUAUUGGCCUUGUUAACUUCUGCUUGUGUUUCUGGCCCUUGAAGUUUACAAACGGACACGGGAGAUUUCAGUGUGGCCGUUGAGGUCCUCGUCUGAUGUGGAUUGCCACAGGGACACUUUGCUUUCCUCACGCUUCACCCUGUGCUUGCCCUGUGGUCAGCACGAGCAGACCCCACCCCAUAGGAAGAGGCCUUCUGUGGGAGGCAGUGGCGUCCUCCUUUUCCUGCGCAUAGGCCUGUGCACCGUGUACCAGAAGCAGGGGCCUCGGGAGAAGCCACAUCCAGGAGACUUAGAGGAUAUGCCAAUACCAAACGUUUUUUGAUGUUAUCACUUUUUUUGGAAAUUGUUUUUUAAACGAAAGUUACGAAUUUUUUUAAACCUGGUUUGUGUUUUGUUGUCCACUUAAUGCAAUGUUGCGUGUGCUUCCCGAGUCUUCAGUUACUGCGCAGAGGGUCGUGUGUGGAGUUGUACUGGGCGGUCCUGAGGGCUGGCUCCUGGCCCUCCUCCCUCAGGUGUCUUGUUAGUGUGUGAACGGGUCUGCGUCCGCAAGAGCGUUGCCAAGGAGGUCAGCCCGGGCGGCACAGCUUGUUCCAGUUGUGGCACAAGCCCUCUGAGGUGGCCGUGUGGCUCCCGUGCUGUGUGCCAGGAGCAGCGUGUGGAGACCUACAGCCACCUCCUGUGGGCGUCCUGCAGCCCCUUUGACCUCGUUGACCUUGUUGGUGAAGAGUCCUCCAUGAAUUUACAGUCUCUUUCCUACUGAUUGAGUGGCUCAGUCGUGACCCUGAGUGGUUCCUGUUCUGCUUCAGGUGAAGCCACAGGCCUCUCGUGACUUUGUACACACGAGGAGGAUUUGUGUGUUGCAGAAAUUGCAUAAUUGUAUGUGAACAAACUUUUGUAUGAAGUAGUCUAUCAAAUUGUAUCAUAAAGUUUAUUUUUCUUUUAUAUGUGAAUCAUAAAAAUGAUCACCUAUUUUUUCUAUAAGUGUAUGAAUUGUACAAUUCAGUUCACCCAUGGAAAAAACCAUCAGCAUUUGAAUUUUUAGUUUUCCAAGGUGUGUAGGAAAAUAUAUCUUUUACUUCCUGUUGUAACACCCUUUUCUAAAUUAACUGAAGUUUUAUAAGACAGUGAAGUAUUUACCAGAAAUUUUAAUAUCACUCAUAAAGUUUGUGAGGGUCUCUGCAUGUGGCUGUUACUGUAUCUUAUGAUCUACAAAUUAAAUCCUAAUCUUAUUUAACAUUUUGAGGGACUGUACCAAUGGAAUUCUUAAGUAUUUUCCUCUACUAUGGCUUAUAAGUGCUGGAGUUACUCUUUGGGAGUUUGAUUUUACAAAUUCAGUGAUACAAAUUUAUGUUCAAAGGAGAUGUGUAAAUCUUUUUUUGGAAAAAAUAGUUCAAGACUAAAAUCUAAAAUUUGAACUUUC